AUGCCACGCAGAACAAAUCAAAUUAAAAUAACCAUAGAUAAUGUUGGAAUGGAAUGUGAUGCAGAAUUUGAUAGUGGAAGUGAGGUGGAUUCAAAUAAAAGAGCAAAAGGCAGGAGGAAACCAAAGCCUGUAGCUCGGGGAAAGAAAUCCAAGCCGGCAGAAAGUGAGGAGAGUGAGGACGAGGAGGAGGAGGAGGCUCCGCGGAAGAGGAAAAGCAGAAAGAAGGAGGAAAGCGAGGAGGAGAGUGAGGAAGAGGAGAAACAGAGAAGAAAGAAAGCAGUGAGUGCGAAAAAGAGGGCUGCUAAGAAAAAUGACUCGGAGGAUGAGAGUGAAGAGGAGAAGGGAAAUACAAGAAAAGGAGGAAGAAAAGGAGCAAGUAAGAAGGAGAAAGAGGAGAAUAGUAAGGAGAAGAAAGGAAAUGGCAAAGCUGCUGGCAAAGGAGGGAAAGAUAAGGAAAAGGAUGACAAGGAUAAGAAAAAGAAUAAAGGCAAACACAGCAGCAGUUCAUCCAACGACAGCAAUUCAGAUGAUGAGUCUAUGUCUGAGGGAGAGAUGGCACGACUAAAAGAAGAGGUGGAGGAGAAGAAAAAGCUGAUAGUGACUCUUCGGAACAAACCCUGGCGCAUGAAGAAGAGACUCAAGUACCUAAAAGAAGCUCAAGAGUUUGUGGAGAAGUUUGAAGGGGCCUUGGGAAAAGGAAAAGGGAGGAGACUCUAUGCAUUCAAAGUCAUGAUGACCAAGAAAUUAAUUAAGUUCAACAGAGACUUUGAAAACUUCAAGACAGCCUGCAUUCCCUGGGAGAGCAGGAUAAAAGAAGUAGAAAGUCACUUUGGGUCAUCUGUUGCCUCCUAUUUCAUUUUCCUUCGGUGGAUGUAUGGACUAAAUCUUGUACUCUUUGGAUUUGUGUUUGGACUUGUUGUUAUUCCCGAGGUUCUGAUGGGCAUGCCUUAUGGCUCCCUUCCCAGAAAAACGGUCCCCAGAGAUGAACAUGACAGUGCCAUGGACUUCUCUGUCUUAUUUGAGUUUGGAGGUUAUUGCAAGUACUCUAUUCUGUUUUAUGGUUACUACAAUAAUCAACGAACCAUUGGAUUCCUGCAGUUCCGGCUACCCCUAUCAUAUUUGUUGGUUGGUGUUGGGAUAUUUGGCUACAGUCUGAUGGUGGUUAUUAGAACAAUGGCAAGAAAUGCCAAUGAGGGAGGAGAUGGAGCAGAGGAAGGUUCCUUCACCUUUUCCUGGAAGCUGUUCACUAGCUGGGAUUACCUUAUAGGAAACCCAGAGACAGCUGACAACAAGUUUGCCUCCAUCACCACAAGCUUCAAGGAAUCUAUAGUGGAUGAGCAGGAAAACCUGAAGGAUGAGAAUAUUCACCUACGCAGGUUUCUACGUAUCAUAGCCAACACUCUCAUCCUGUGCUGCUUGGGUGGAAGUGGAUACCUCAUCUAUUUUGUGGUCAAAAGAUCUCAAGAUUUUUCCAAAAAGGACAGGAAUGAAUUGACAUGGCUUCAAAAAAAUGAGGUUGAAAUUGUCAUGUCACUGUUGGGCUUGGUGUGUCCACCUCUGUUUGAGGUUAUAUCGGAGCUCGAAGAAUAUCACCCUCGAAUUGCACUGAAAUGGCAGCUGGCUAGAAUCUUUGCACUCUUUCUGGGCAACCUCUACACUUUCCUGUUUGCGCUGUUUGAUGAGGUCAAUACUAAGCUUGAAAAUGAGAAAUUUAUAAAAAAUGAAACCAUCUGGGCUCUUAAUGAAUACUACACCAACUACACCUUACAACACAAUGUUACGGAAAACAUUCCCCCUCCAGACAUUGCCCCUGCUGAUGUCAUCAGGGGUCCCUGCUGGGAGACAGAAGUUGGCAUUGAGUUUGUGAAGCUCACUGUAUCAGAUAUUCAGGUGUCAUAUCUGACCAUUCUGAUUGGGGACUUCUUACGGGCCAUGAUAGUGCGAUUCCUCAACUAUUGCUGGUGUUGGGACCUGGAAGCUGGCUUUCCAUCUUAUGCAGAGUUUGACAUCAGUGGUAAUGUACUUGGACUCAUUUUCAACCAGGGAAUGAUCUGGAUGGGUGCGUUCUAUGCCCCUGGUCUGGUGGGUAUAAAUGUGUUGCGUUUGCUAAGCUCUAUGUAUUACCAAUGUUGGGCAGUGAUGGCCUGUAAUGUUCCACAUGCGAGAGUGUUCAAAGCCUCGCGUUCUAAUAACUUCUACAUGGGACUGCUCCUCCUUGUCCUCUUCAUGAGUCUCAUGCCUGUGGUUUACUCUAUUAUGACUCUGUCACCUUCCUUUGACUGCGGACCAUUCAGUGGUAAAGAAAUGAUGUAUGAUGUGAUCACGGAUACUAUAGAGAAAGACUUGCCUGCCUUUAUGGGAGACAUCUUCAGUUAUGCUUCCAAUCCAGGCCUCAUAAUUUCUGCAGUCCUGCUCAUGGUGUUGGCUAUUUAUUACCUGAAUGCUGUGUCCAAAGCUUAUCAGAAAGCUAACAUGGACUUAAAGCGGAAAAUGCAAAUGCAAAGAGAUGAGGAAAAGAACAGGAGGAACAACAAGGACAGCACCAAUCAGGUGAUGAAAGACCUGGAAGAUCUUCUGCCCAACAAGUCUCUGAUUCCACCUCCAUCGACUGAGGAGAUUGAGAAACCAUCAGAACAGCUCAGCAAAUCACUAAAGGUGACAGGAAAACCAGGUGCUGCAGCCAGUGGGAAAGGGGUACGUGUUCAGAAGGAAGUGUCUUUGGCUGCAGCAAAUCCCCGGGCACCAGUGACUCGCCCGCCUGGUCCCAGGGCACCCGGGCAUCUCCCAGGUAAUGGCCUUGGACCUCCACCAGGUCAAGGGACAGGAAGAGGAAGAGGUGGACCACCACCGCCACGAAGAUACUGAAGAAUGUUUAUAGACACACACACACCUAAAAAAAAAGAAGCCACUCACUUGAUAUGCACACCAAUCACAAUCAUCCACAUUUAUCAGUCAAUUAUUUUUAAUUUUUUAAUUUAUUUUUUUACAUUAAAUAUGGAACCCAAACCAAAUUACAUUGUACUCUGUAAAAAAAAAAGAAGUAUACUAUAUGUUCAGUUAAGAACUUUUAACUUGAUCUAACCCUUACAAAUUAUUUUCAUUGUUUUGAAGUCAUCUUGA